CCAGCAUACACACACUCUGCUUUAAGAUUCCUUGAGACAAGACACAAACUCGAAGGAAAUAAAUGCCAGUUGCAGAUUCAGAAUAGUGGAUCCACUUUUGUAGGACGAUGAGCUGAAGAACUCCGUCACAAUGGGACAGGCACAGCAGACCGAGAAUGCUGAGCAGAUAGACAUCAAGGCUCUCCAGGAUAUGUACAGGAGGUUUGUCACUGAGUGUCCAAGUGGUCUUCUGUUCCUUCAUGAAUUCAAGCGAUUCUUCGGCGUCGAAACUACUGGCGAAGCUUCCGACUAUGCCGAGUGCAUGUUUCGUGCUUUUGACACCAAUGGGGACAAUACCAUAGAUUUUCUUGAGUUUGUGGCGGCGCUGAAUCUCGUCUUCAGAGGAGACCUGGAGCAUAAAUUGCGGUGGUCGUUUAAAGUGUACGACAAAGACAACAACGGAUAUGUGGACCGGUCAGAGCUUCGCUCAAUUAUCACAAGUAUCUAUCGGAUAAAAGCUGGCUCCAACAGCGAUGUGAAUUUGCAGUCCACAGUGGAUGAAACGGUGGAUCGCAUAUUCCAGGCUGUGGAUAGCGACGGAGAUGGCACUAUUAACAUGGAGGAGUUCAUUCGGGGAGCGCAGCAAGAUCCCUGGGUGCUGAACAUGUUGAAGUUGGACAUGAAUCCUGCAAUGUGGGUGCUGGAGCAGAGGAGGAAAAGUGCUCACUUCUAAACCGGUGGCCUUCUUGGCUAAAGACUCUUUAACACACCCAUUCCCUUAAAGAUUUUAAAUCUGUGUGGUUGACUCGGUAUUCCUGUUGAACCGCUAAUGAAACCUUGUUGUUUUCAGCCAAUUCAAAGAUGUUUUGUGCCUGUAUGAGUCUCAGAGUCUCAGCACUCAGCCACUAAAAGAUUAUUUGCAAGAUUAACCAUAACUAAAAUAUGUAUUGCAUGAAAACAUGUAUAAUAGAGUUUCACCUUCAUCAGCGCCAGUCAAAACCCAGUUUCAGCAACACCUGAAACCCGACAACCCGCUACUCCUGUUUCAAUGAAAUAAGAAGAAACCCAUUGUUGAUGUUAUGAACUCAUCAUUAAUUACAAAUAUUUUUCUCUCUCUGAUAUUUCUUAAUUUUCUAUGGGGUACAAAUAUCCUCUGAAAUAACAGAGUAAAAAGCUAAUUAAUGUCAAAUCAUAAAGUAAACCCACCAAGAAUGCAUUAUAUUGAUCCAUUCAUGUAGCACAUGUAAAUCUUUCACAUAGUUUGUAUAUCUGUGAGAUGAAAGGAACCAGAACGGUAACAAGUUGAAUCUGUGAACCAAAAUAGAAUGUCAUAACUUUUGCUCAGAUUCCUGAAAAUUUGUUUUGCUCAAACCAAGUAGUCCAGUGUCGCUUGACCAUUCCUAUUUACUACAAUCUCAGAGGGAAUAUUUGAACUCACGAGAGUCUUGGAGUAUGGCAGAGUGCUAUGGGUAACCAGAAACCACCACAGACUCCUUGUGGUCUGGUCAGUAAGAGGGCACACCAAAAUGUGGACUUUUGUCACUUGACAAUAUGCCACAGAUAUCGAGGGGCCGUGUCAUUGACUUGCUGAUUGUUGGGUUGAAGAGAUUGGGCCAGGAUCCAUUGUGUGCUGGACACUUUCAUGCUGGAAGACUGUGCUGUUCAGUGACAGGUCUCGGUUUCAGCUGUACCUUGCUGCUGAUGGUAGUCUCCAUGUUGGUGAGCGACACGAUGAUGCCAAUGUUCUACGAUGGAUGCAUCAUGGUGGCGCUAGUGUGAUGGUGUGGGCAGGCAUUUGCUCUGGACAGUGUGUAUGUCUGGAUUUCCUUGAUGGCAACGUUACUGAGAUGAAAUCCUGUGACCAAUCUUCAUGCUCUUUGUUGAACCCCAUCAUCUGACCUUACAACAAGAUAAUGCCUGUCCACACAUUGACAGAAUAUGCAGGGACUUCCUUGAACCCGAGGGUAUUCCUGUCCUCAACUGGCGCUGUACGCAUCAGACCUGUCACCUAUCAAACACCGUUGGGAUGAUCUGGAUAAGCAUGUCCCCCAGCGGGUUCUAGGUCCUCAGAGCGGCCGUUAUGGGGAGGAAUGGGACAACUAGUUGAUGUCCAAGCGUCGCUGGUGUAUCGCAAAUGGUGGACAAGCGUUUACUGCCAUUACUCCAGGGCUAUUCUUUUGAAAUUGAUGCUAAUGCUCGCAAAUUAAAGCCACUAUAUCGAUAAAGUUAUUUUUUUGGACAGUUAUUCUAUUGUUACAUGACAAUAACUACAAUAACUAAGAUUUUCUUUGUGCAUUUAUAUUUUUGUUGAGUGGUAAUUUAGAUUUCUGUUGUAAUUUCAAUUGUUCAUCUGAUGGUUGAAAGAAAAACCCAGGGAUAAUUGUUGACUUGACAUAGACGUAUUUGUGUGUGCUGUGGUGUGAAUGGGGAGCUGGUGCAAAUCCGGUUCCCUCUCUAGCUGGCCCAGAAAACAGUAGUUAACAGUAGUGACCUUGAUAAAACGAAAAUGCCAUGGACUGAGCAUUUCCGAGAAGAGCACACGUAAACAAGUAGUUUUGGGGAUGGCUGUUUCAGUAUGAACCUUGAAGUUGUCUUUUUUUUAUUUUGCAAGAAUUGUAUUGUGAUACAGUACUUACGAAUAGAGCUUUUCACCGUUGGUUUCUUUGCUUGACACAAUAAACUCU